AUGAUAAGAUUGAACAGAUAUUAUGUUCAAAAUGGGAACAUUGCAAGGUCCAUUAUUCCUUUCAGAAGAUGUUACCAUUUCAAUCUAUUGAAUUUAAAGAUUGGAUACACGAAUAGUGUUGCAUUGCAUCCGAACUCUGAGAAGUUAUACAUUUCCCAAAUACAAGUGAGUAAAAAUGCAUCCGAUAACCAAGGAGAGCCAAUAACAAAACAGGUUUGUAGCGGUCUGCAAGGUAUCAUUCCAAUAGCAGAGUUCAAGAAUCAAUUGGUCGUUAUCGUUGAUAAUAUGAAGAAACGUAAACUUCGUGGAGAAAUCAGUGAGGCAAUGAUACUCUGUGGAGAAGAUCUAGCAAGUAAUGUUGUGCAACUUUGUCAACCUCAGACUACAGGAGAUAUGCGGUUAAUUGGACAUCAAGUUGUUCUAGAGGGCUACAAGCAAGAAGAUACUAUCACUACGAGAAGGAUAAAGGAUAAAGAAUGGGCUGAUAUUACUUCUAGGCUAUUUAUUGGCGAUGGAAAUAAGGUUAUGUACCGAGAGGAAGACACCAACGAUGUGAAAGCUCUUUUAGUUAUUGGGAACUCGCCAGAAGAUCUGAUUCCUCUUAUCGUGCGUAGCUUGCCUAAGGGAAGUCAAGUAAGAUAG